AUGAUAUUUUUAUUAUGUAUUAUUGGAAUAGCAUUAUCAAUACACAUUAACAAACACGGAAAUUUUGUUGAUGAUGUAAGAACUCUUUAUAUAAAUAGACUGGUGCAAUAAGAAUAUUCCAUGGGUUUAAUGUAGUCUAUAAACCACCCCCUUAUUUUCCAAUAACAGAUCAUUUUGAUGUAAUGACAUCAUUCUCUGAUGAAGAUUGUUAACUCUUAAUAUCAUUAGGGUAACUGAAAUAGAUUUAAUCUAUUAUAGUUUUAAUGUUAUCAGAUUACAUGUAGCCUUUGAAGCUGGAAUGCCUUAAAGAGGAGUAAUUAAUGAUGAAUACUUAUUACAUAUUAGGGAUAUUGUAAGAUUGGCUGCUAAAUAUAAUAUUUAUGUUAUCCUUGAUGCUCAUUAAGACUUAUUAAAUAGAUAGUUUUGUGGAGAAGGAUUUCCAGAUUGGGCUGUCACUAAAAUUGAUUUCCCAGCUCCAUUAAAUAUCUAAUUAAGAUUAGAUUAAUAAGGAUAUCCAUUAAUUGAAGAUUGUCUUAAAUAAAAGAACUUUGCAGAUUUUUAUUUAACUUCGGAUGUUGGUAGAAAUCUAGAAUCUAUAUUCAAAAAUGAAAAUGGCGUAGCUGAUAUGUUUGGAUUAUUCUGGAAAAGAGUUGCUGAAUUACAUAAAAAUGAAUGGAAUGUAUUAGGAUAUGAAAUUUUGAAUGAACCUACUUCUGGCAAUUAUUAAAGAAGCAAAAUUUAAUAUAAUUGGCCAGGAUGGGCUAAUAAACAUCUAAUCAUGCCAUUCUAUUAAAUUAUUAAUAAAUAUAUAAGAUAAACUGACACUUAAAAACUUGUAUUCUUUGAACCAUAACUUAGUGAUACUUUUGGAGUCGGAUUUAGACAUAAUAUUGGUGGCAGAAAAUAUAAAAAGAAAGAAGUCUUUAGUUAUCAUCUUUAUUGUGGAAUCGGUAUUUAUGCAUUUAUUAUUUAUAGAAAAGAUUUCUAAAUUCCUUUGUAAACAAUCAUAUAAUCUAAUGUAUCCUUUAAAAAAAUUAAAUAUCAACCAUCUUGGAACAGGAUCCAUGUUAACCGAAUUUGGAGCAUUACCAAAUCAACCAUUUGCUAAAGAUAUUCUUAAUAGUUUAUUAUAUAAAGCAGAUAAAUAUUUGUAAUCAUGGGCUUAUUGGUAAUAUAAAGGAUAUAAUGAUUUCACUACAUCCUCAAAUAUGUAUGAUGAAGGAAUUUUCAAUCAGGAUGGAUCACUUUAAAAUUAUAAAAUAGAAGCUUUAGUUAGACCUUAUGCUUAAUAAAUUUGUGCAUCCAAAGUUCACUAUUCUAAAUUUAAUGCAAAAAAAUAAGAAUUUACUUUGAAAUAUGAUUCCAUUAAAAAAUGCGAAACUGUAAUUUAUGUACCCAAAAUAAAUGCCUUUCAAAGUGAAUUUAAAUAUUCUUGCAAAGCAAAGAAAGGAUAUUGUUAAUUAUAAUAUAUAGAUAACAAUACAUUUAGAGUAUAAAAUGCUUCUGGUCGGGUUAAAUUGGUCAUAUCAGUUAUGAAUAUUAAUAAAUGA